AUGGGAACCUCUACCGCCCCCGCAAGCUUGUCCACCUCGUCGACUGAGGGCGCAUCCACAUCCUCUGGGCAACAGUCUUCUACAUCAACUCUUUCCUCUACUUCCACUCACACUGAACCCAUUUUCACAACCACCUCUGAAGGAAUGGGAACCUCUACCGCCCCCGCAAGCUUGUCCACCUCGUCGACUGAGGGCGCAUCCACAUCCUCUGGGGAACAGUCUUCUACAUCAACUCCUCUUUCCUCUACCCCCACCCCAUUUUCACAACCACCUCUCAAGGAAUGGGAACCUCUACCGCCCCCGCAAGCUUGUCCACCUCCUCGACUGAGGGCGCAUCCACAUCCUCUGGGCAACAGUCUUCUACAUCAACUCCUCUUUCCUCUACUUCCACUCACACUGAACCCAUUUUCACAACCACCUCUGAAGGAAUGGGAACCUCUACCACCCCCGCAAGCUUGUCCACCUCGUCGACUGAGGGCGCAUCCACAUCCUCUGGGGAACAGUCUUCUACAUCAACUCCUCUUUCCUCUACUCCCUAUCACACUGAGCCCAUUUCCACAACCACCUCUCAAGGAAUGGGAACCUCUACCACCUCCGCAAGCUUGUCCACCUCGUCGACUGAGGGCGCAUCCACAUCCUCUGGGGAACAGUCUUCUACAUCAACUCCUCUUUCCUCUACUUCCACUCACACUGAACCCAUUUUCACAACCACCUCUGAAGGAAUGGGAACCUCUACCGCCCCCGCAAGCUUGUCCACCUCGUCGACUGAGGGCGCAUCCACAUCCUCUGGGGAACAGUCUUCUACAUCAACUCCUCUUCCCUCUACCUCCAUCACACUGA